AUGCGCGGCGGCGGAGGCGCCCGGGACGCCUGGCUCCGGACCCCGCUGGCCCCCAGCGAGAUGAUCACCGCGCAGAGCGCUCUGCUGGAGAGGGAAGCUCAGGAGUCCAGCACCACAGACGAGGAGCUCGCAGGCCGGAGAGCGGCCAACGUGAGCAGCGAGAGGGGCGGCGCCGUCAGCACCCCGGACUAUGGGGAGAAGAAGCUGCCACAGGCGCUUAUCAUCGGGGUCAAGAAAGGAGGGACCCGCGCGCUGCUGGAGGCGAUCCGAGUCCACCCCGACGUGCGGGCGGUGGGUGUAGAGCCACACUUCUUCGACAGGAACUACGAGAAGGGGCUGGAGUGGUACAGAAAUGUCAUGCCGAAGACUUUGGAUGGACAGAUAACCAUGGAGAAGACGCCGAGUUACUUUGUGACCAAUGAGGCCCCUAGGCGUAUCCACUCCAUGGCCAAGGACAUCAAACUGAUCGUAGUGGUGCGGAACCCCGUGACCAGGGCCAUCUCUGAUUACACACAGACUCUGUCAAAGAAACCUGAGAUCCCCACCUUCGAGGUGCUGGCCUUCAAAAACCGGACCCUCGGGCUGAUCGAUGCCUCCUGGAGCGCCAUUCGAAUAGGGAUUUAUGCACUGCAUCUGGAAAACUGGCUCCAGUACUUUCCCCUCUCACAGAUCCUCUUUGUCAGUGGCGAGAGACUCAUAGUGGACCCUGCAGGGGAAAUGGCCAAAGUGCAGGAUUUUCUAGGCCUGAAGCGUGUUGUGACUGAGAAGCAUUUCUAUUUCAACAAAACCAAGGGGUUCCCUUGCUUAAAGAAACCCGAAGAUAGCAGUGCCCCCAGGUGCCUAGGCAAGAGCAAAGGUCGGACUCAUCCCCGCAUCGACCCAGAUGUGAUCCACAGACUGAGGAAGUUCUACAAACCCUUCAACAUGAUGUUUUACCAAAUGACUGGUCAAGAUUUCCAGUGGGAACAGGAAGAGGGAGACAAAUGAGGCUAGAGAUGUGAAGGGAAGGCCAGUGGAUUGCUAAGGAGGCUCCUUACCUGAGCCCUGACUCCCCCAGGGUUUGUGGCUUCAGCCUUGCUGGAGGGCCAGCUAGAUCUCUUCCUUUGACCAUUCAGGAUCGCUUCCAGGGCUGUGGUCUUAGGCACAGGGGUGGAUCCCUUGUGGAGGAACCAGGCCUGCCUGUGCAGCAGCAUCUGGUUGACCAGAUGGCCACUCACAAGCCAGUACUAAUCCCUGUCUUCUCUAGUUAAUAGAGUCUGAAGACAGGAUAAAUAGCUGUCAGUGUCAGAGACAGUGCCAUGAAUGCUCGUUUAAGGGAUAAAAAGAAGGGAAGGUCUACUUUUGGGGGCUCUGGCUUUACUUUGGAAAGCAGGAGUUUGAGCCCUGUGGCUGGCACUGGCCCUUGCUAUAUUAGCCUUGGAUUUGGCAUCUCUCCAGAACGCUAAUUGCGGCUGAGUGCUUCAGGACUACUAGGAGGCAAGGUCCUCCCUCUACAGUGUCUCUAGCCUUCUCCUUAAAGGUCUCACCCCACAAUUCCUUGCCUUCCUCCCUUCUCAUCUUAGGAAGGCAGAGGUAUGCACGUUUCUCACCACCACCUCGCCCCCCCCC